AUGACGGGCAGUUGUAAAGAAUCACUGUGGAAGACGUCACUGCCCAGGUCUUCUGUUUUAUACGCAUGCGUGUUUAUAAAUACUGUUUUCAUAGCAGUCAUGAUUCUGCGUCACGACGUAAGAGACAUAUUGACUGUUGGUAUAAAACAGCAGAGGGUCGAUUACACUCGGAUACCGGGAAAUACUGAAAUGCAUUCUACUAGUAAGAAGGUGAAAAGUGAAAAACAUAUCAUCAUAUUGGCGGGCAAACGAACAGGGUCUUCGUUCCUUGGAGAAAUUUUAAACCAAAAUACCAAGGUCAUGUACAUGUUUGAGCCUCUGUUCCACUUUACGGAAAAGGUGCUUAAGGGUGACAUGAAUCCCGAUAUAUUUGAUGCAGAAUCUGUCGAAUUGGUUGACAGUAUAUUUAAAUGCGAUUUUAAUAAUAGUCGUUUUAUGACACGCCUGCACCCAUUGUUUUGUUCCACUAGUAAUGCGCUCUCUAAGUCGGCGUUGUGUGGGAAACAUAAGGUGCCAACAGACGAUAUUGUAGUUGAAAACUUUACAAAUGUCUGUCGCACGUAUUUGUACAAGGCUCUAAAAACGAUACGUAUAUAUGAUAUCGAACUCCUGCGGUCGCUGGCAGUAGAUCCAGCAUUGAACUUGAAAAUUAUACAUUUAGUGCGCGAUCCAAGGGGAAUAAUGAACUCACGAGAAAAUUUAAAUAGUAAAAACUUGGAUUUUGAAAGAAAAGACGUCGAGUGGGACGAAGUUACGGAUUUAUGCAAGGAUAUAAAGAAGAAUUUAAAUAUCGUUUCUACGUCUGCGUCUUGGCUAAAAGGUCGUUAUAUGCGAAUUAGAUACGAGGACGUAGCGAAACACCCUCACUCCAAGGCUGAAGACAUUUAUGAUUUUAUUGGUUUAGAAAUGCCAACAGAAGUCAAGCAGUGGAUUUCAGAAAACACAAAUCAAACAAAAGGAAACCAGUUUAGUAGAUCUCGCAACUCUUCUGUUGUAGCAACAAAAUGGCGAAACGAGAUGCCGUUUUCGGAUAUUCUCAGCAUACAGAAGAAAUGCUCUAUCAGUAUGGCGUUGCUAGGAUACAAAGAGGUUAAAUCUCCGACAGAUUUAAAUGAAGAGACGAACGUGCUGGGACCAUUACCCGAUUAUUUGAGUUAA